AUGGCUGAUGGACCGGUUUCCUACCUGGAAGCUCCCGAAAACUACACCCGGAUCCAAAAGAGCAAGACGCAAGGCUCGUGCAUGCUUUCUCGGUUUUCCAAAUGGCUUUGGUCGGGAUGGGACGUUGGUCGAUCUGAAGUCCCCGAUAAUCUGCGAGCUGCUGGGGACUCGAGCGGCACUAAGCUCGAAGCGAGCGCUGGCGCCAGCGCACCGCGCACUAAACGAAUCCCACGAACCCACACGUCGGGGGAGAUGAAGAUCCGAUCCCAGCCGCAGGAACAGCUGCAAGAAGAUCUCACGCAGGAGGCCUUUCCCUGUCGGGCUUGUAAAGCUUGGGGUGUGGCAUGUGAUUUGCAGAAACCGCAAUGUGCACACUGUGUGGACCAGCAACUUCUCUGUUUUUACGUAGCCCCGCUGCGUCUCACCAUGAAGCGAUCGAAAAAGGUACCAUCUGCUGGGGACGACUCGAUUACACAUGAUUGA